AUGACAAUACCUCCCGUAGCAGUGAAUUACCAGUACCCUAGUUACCAGUACCCUAGUUACCAGUACCCUAGUUACCAGUACCCUAGUUACCAGUACCCUAGUUACCAAUUCCCUAGUUACCAGUACCCUAGUUACCAGUACCCUAGUUACCAGUACCCUAGUUACCAGUACCCUAGUUACCAGUACCCUAGUUACCAGUACCCUAGUUACCAGUACCCUAUUUACCAGUACCCUAGUUACCAGUACCCUAGUUACCAGUACCCUAGUUACCAGUACCCUAGUUACCAGUACCCUAGUUACCAGUACCCUAGUUACCAGUACCCUAGUUACCAGUAUCCUAGUUACCAGUACCCUAGUUACCAGUACCCUAGUUACCAGUACCCUUGUUACCAGUACCCUAGUUACCAGUACCCUAGUUACCAGUACCCUUGUUACCAGUACCCUAGUUACCAGUACCCUAGUUACCUGUACCCUAGUUACCUGUACCCUAGUUACCAGUACCCUAGUUACCAGUACAAGUGUUCUGAAGAAGCUCCCCACUGUUACGCGACGUGUACCCUCGACAAAGUACCUGAUAACGUGAUGUUGAUACCCAACGACACCACAACGACACAGCUCGUACACGAGAACAAGACUACUGUCGUUUGUGUGGACUUUAUUCAUUAUCACACUUUGACCUGCAAUAACGGUGUACUGAACUGGCCUACAUGUGACAAUGUAUCAGUUUCUUACAUAGGAAACAGGAUCUACAUACUUUUCAUAGCAGUGCUGGCAUUGGGAGUAGUCACCUUCAUAAUGUUUUUUAUCACUCUGUACCUCACUAGAAGGCGCGGAGAGUUCAAAGGAGGAAACUUCGCGUCAGUGCAGACCAACAUUGAGAACCCAUUAGAAAAGCCGAUAGUCAGCCUGCCAGUCCAUGUAGACGAGUUCUCAAAAAGGGCGGAUAUAUUUAACAACGGUGGUAUAGCAAGGUGGAAGGCAGAGUUCAACUUAAUUCCCAUGCACGACUCGUUGCAACAAAAAUCCAUUGCUCUGGCAACUUACAACAGGAAGAAAAACAAAGCCGGGGCAAGGGGAAUAGUACCGUACGACAUAUCACGUGUUAAGAUCGGCAAAGUGGACGAUCCCCUAGAUGAUUACUACAACGCAAGCUACAUAAACGGCUGGAAGGGACCGAGAGUGUACAUUGUGGCUCAGACUCCUUUACCACAUACUAAAGAUCACUUCUGGAAGAUGGUUGUAGAACAGCAGUCUAGGAUCCUGAUCAACUUGCACCCUUCAGGGGAUAUAGACAGUCCGACAGAGUACCACAGAUACUGGCCAGAACAUGACGGUCUGUAUGACAACAUUCUGGUUAAGAACAUUUCCAGUACAGAUUACGAUGGUUUCAUUGUCAGACAGUUCAAAGUUGGCCCCGUCGAGUGGCCCGAAACACCAGCGUCUUCACCUUCACUAAGUGAAAUCGGAGAAGAGGAAGUUGAAGAAGAGGUUGAGAAAGAAGAAGAGGAAGUUGAAGAAGAGGAGGAAGCAGAAGAAGAAGAGGCUGCAGAGGAAGAAGAAGAGGCAGUAGAGGAAGAGGCAGUAGAGACCCCAGAACCAUCUGUAACGAAUCUAACAGAAGCCUUAGGCACAAAUACAACAGAAGAAGCUGAAACUGAGGCCGCAGCCGAAACAUCAGCGACAAACCUGACAGCAACGGAGGCCGCUACAGAAGCUGAAACGGAAGAAAACGGAGAUGCUGAUGAGGACGAUGAUACAAAGUCGGAGGCUUACUCUGAGAAAACCACCAAAUCAAUAAAGACUGCAUUGUCACAGAGGUCUGCUAAGACAUCAGCUUCCUCUGGAAAAUACAGAAUAGAUUUGCCCUACCAACAUUCUUUCAUUGUCAAACAGAUUCAUUUCGACAAAUGGGAUGAGAACGGGGAACCGGACAUGCAAGCGUUCCUAAAGAUGAUAUUGUUCCAUCGUGACAUAAUUAAAUUCAACCUAACAAAGGGUCCUAUCAUCAUGCACAGUGAAUACGGGUCAGAUUGGGCGAGUUUGUUCUGCGCCACUGACUACAUCCUGGACAGACUGAUCAGCGAGACAGACCUCAACAUUGCAGGACUGACGAACGCAUUGCGACAGCAGCGUCCUAUGAUGAUAGCCACUGUACAGCAGUACAUCUACCUUCACCAUCUUAUGGUCUUCAUCCUAGAGAGAGAGGAUUAUGAGGAUCUAAAAUAUGUAGGCUUCAAGAGUAAUCCUCUAGAUCUUAAGGAAUGCUCAGUUUCUAGUGAAUCUAGUGGUAGUGGCCCGAUGAAAUCAAUUAGGGCAGUAAGCAGAGCAGUGCAGGAGGGAACGAAAUCAGUUGCUAAAUCUGUUGCUACUGUAACUCAGAGUCUGUUUGGAAAGAUUUCUGGAAAUUCAGAUAGCGAUUCAGAUUGAAACUCUGAUCGAAAACAUCUCAUACAUCUACACUCUACAGUACCAGCAACCGUCACCAUACAGAUAUAGACUAAAUUAAAAACUGGUUAAAAGUCAUGACAUCUGUGUUCUAUUGAUGCUACUAAAUUGCGCCGUAGACUUUCUGUUAUUAAUGUCAGAUUAAUGAGUUUGGUUUUGAUUAUUGAGCUACUAUGUCUCUGUUUACGCUCAAUCGCCAUUAAAAACUAAUUGUGUUUUCACGUGAUCAAUCUGACAGCUAGAGCACAUGGCGAGCGUUUCAUUAAUCUUUUUGUGCUUUCUCGAUUGAUCGUUAAAUGAAAACGACUGCAACACUUGAAAACUAGUUUGUAAUAUUUGGUAGGUCUGAAUCAACACAGUGUUUUAUGUUCUCGAAUAAUUAGGAGUCGGGUAUAUCGAGUGGGCACAUCUUUACGUUGUGUUAAUUUUGAUCCAUCUUGUAAUUGUAUAGUCAGACCAUGAUUAUACAAUAUACAGUUAAGCCCGGAUGCUCCAAUUAAAAACGAAAUCUUGUUAAUUUAAAGGCGUGAAUUUAAAUAUCUGUUUACAAUUUUUUUUCUUAAUUCUAAUUUCUUCUGAAAUUGACGAAAAUUUACUCCACAAAAAAAUCAGUUAAAGCCAGGGCUUCAUGACUUUGAUCAUAGUUUAACUGUUAUAGUAAUACUAUAACAUGUCAGCUGAUAACAAAUGGGAGAUUGCUGCUUUAUGCGUAGGUAAUAUGCUUGAACUUAUAGUUACAGUUAACCCCUGAAAUGAGUUUAUUUUUACUUUCAUAGGUUUCAAGGGGACGAAGUUAACCAAAUUGCUAACUCUAUGGCUUAUAUCUAAUUACAUAUUGGUCGAGCUUAACAUAACAUUUUAGUAUCGUGAUAAAUUGCAGUUUAAUUCAGUGGCGUAACGAAGGGCCCUGCUGACCCCGCUGUGCAGGGGGGCGCCGUCUUAGGGGGGCGCCAAAUCUUCGUUUGAAUGUGGGACAAUUUCGAAAACUUAACUAAAGUACUAUC